GUUGGCAACUCUGAAUCCGGUUACGAUUCGGUUUGUUGUUUUUAUCUAAAGUUCUUGUAUUUUGGUUUUAUUUUGUGGACAUGUUCUCUGCGAACGCACACUCUGUAGUACACUAUCACCAUGAAUGGUCGGCCGAGGAGGAGGUGCAACUAUUUCAUGCCAUGGAGGGCCUACGUCCUGUCGGCAUCAACAAGCACUUCUAUAUGUCCUGCAUUGCACAGCGCCUAUCGAAAUCUUUGAAUCGUGAAAUACCCAGUGAAUUAAUUUGGAGGCACUUGGACACUAUGUACAAGUUGAAAGAACUUGAUGAUCACGAAUCUCUGCCAUUUCCAAAUGAGGAACGCGAAUUUAGUCUGCCCGAACAAGACUAUGGUGCAUUAUUGAAGUCUGUAGAUACGCCUGCUACUCCGGGCGAGGAAAAGGAACUCAGCGAAGCUGCGGUUGGUAGCGACUCAAGUACAAAUGGCAAAGCUGCUUCUGGUACACCUAAAGUCUCGGGAUCACAGUCAUCGAACUCUGCCAAAGAUGCCGACAAGGAUAAGAAAGCAGCGGCUGCGGCUGUUAAGCUUCUGGAUUUACCCAAGCGGCCAGCUAAACGUACUCGUGGUUCUAUGUCAAAUGAAUCCAUAAGCCCCUCAACAACGCCUCCACCUGUCCAAAGUAGCAAGCGACGUCGCAUUUAGUAACCGAUGAUCGAUUGUAGGCAAUUUAUACCUAGUUCACUAUUAGAUGUAGUUUUAAAAAAACAAUGACCAAACAACAAUGACAAUGUAAAUAUAAAACU